AAGACUAUUUUAAGAAAGUAGAAAAUUAGUAAAAUCAGAAUGUCGGUCAGCCGGAUUCCUCCCCUUCCUACUGUCAGUGAUAUUUUGAGGAUGUACAAUAUCCGCGCUAAGAAGCAGCUGUCGCAAAAUUUUAUUAUGGAUCCCCGGCUUCUGAGGAGAAUAGCAGAGGACUGGAUGGCCGGAUUGGAACAAGUUGGGAAAGUGGUCCCCUCCAGUCAGCGGUUGGAUAUACACCUUGGAGAUGUUCUAUCCUUUAAUAUGCAGAACAUAUUUCCAGAUGGACUCAGAAAGGAUUGGCUAGAAGAGAUACCGGAUAUAAGAGUUGUUGGCAACCUUCCCUUUAAUGUAUCCACUCCCCUCAUCAUCAAGUGGUUGCGUGCAAUGUCUACUCAAUCCAGUAUAUUCAGCUAUGGUCGGGUUCCCCUUGUUCUUACUUUCCAACACGAGGUGGCGCACAGAAUGAUCGCUGCCCCUGGAGAUCCUGAAAGGUCUCGUCUGAGCGUGGUUUGUCAGAACUGGGCUAGAGUAAACUACGAGUUCAUGAUUCCAGCUGGAGCAUUCGUUCCUGCACCUGAGGUUCAAGUUGGAUUGGUUUCCUUCAACCCUCUCACUAAACCCUACAUUGAUUUGCCCUUCCCUCUGGUCAACAAGGUUGUCUCAGCAGUAUUCAGUGGUAAGAAAAAGAGUAUAUCCAAUACAGUUAAAAAUCUUUUUCCGCAGAAACUGGAACAGGAUCUAGGGAGACAGAUGCUAGGUUUGUCUAGAGUGAGUGGAUCUACUAAGGCGAUUAAUCUCGGAAUGGAUGAUUUAAACCGUCUUUGCCACGCUUACAAAUAUUUAACGGAAAUAAACCCAACACUCGCUGAUUAUAAAAGGCAUGUGACGCCAGAGGCUACAGAGGAAGUUCUUAUCGGACCUCCGCCAUUAGUUGGUCUCCAGACUGCUUAGUAUUGUUCUAGUCUUACUUUCCUCUGGAUAGAAAAGGUUCUCUUAGAUGUGUGUACUUUUUUUGGUGGUCUAGAACCUCCUUCGAUGGUCAAAGACCUUCUUGGGUAGUUUAGAAAUUGAGGGACCUUCAUGGCAAUCUAGCAAAUUUCACCAUUCUUGAAUGCGGAAACCAAUGUUUGACCUUUCUUUUGGGAGAGUAUUGUCUUAAAUUAUAACAAUAUUCUUCAAAGUCUCGACAUUAUGUUAUGUGAAAUCUUUGAACCAAUAGUGAUAAAAUUAUUUAUUCAGAAAGACAAGAUGAGACAAGGAAGAAUUUCAACAGUGAUAACAUACAGAAUAAAGAUAGGCUGUGAACUGCAGUCCAUGCCAAGAUUAUUUUUAUUGGAUUAUUCGUGAAUUCUUGAUCAGACAAUAGAAUAGAAUCUAUGCUAGCAGUUUUAGUACUCUUUACUAUGUAUGCAAGGGUGCAGAAGAAAAUUGGAUGAGACUUCUCUUUCUUCUUCCAGUGUCUUCAGCUAGUUCAAAACAAACAAGAGAGAGAAUUAGAAAAUAAUGUCUUAUUUUUCUUUUUCUUUUUAGUGAUUAUAGUCUGAAAGACAAAUUAAUUAUGUGUCUUAUUUUCAGAA